AUGUCUACAUAUGAAGAGGAACAUGGAAUACAACAAAACUCAAGGGAUUACCAAGAAGUAGGAGGAACUUCACAGGAGGAGCAGAGAAGACAGGUCAGAUCCCAACUGCAAGGUCUAUUUCAAAACUUUGGUAACACCAGUGGUGAGGGUGAUGCACAUUCAGAUUCAACACUACUUUUACGAUUAUUAUCGCAAAUGCUUCCAGAAUCAUUACAGGAAGAAUGGUUGCAAGAAAUGGAUAAAGGCAAGAGUGCGGGCUGUCCUGAUACUUUUGCAGCCUCUUUACCACGAAUCAAUAAAAAAAAGCUCAAAGCAACUGACAACUGCUCCAUUUGUUACACUAAUUAUUUAGAAGAUGAGUACCCCUUAGUAGUUGAAUUACCUCAUUGCCAUCAUAAGUUCGACUUAGAGUGUUUGUCUGUCUGGCUAUCUCGAAGUACAACAUGUCCAUUAUGCAGAGAUAAUGUUAUGGGCCACCGAAUCAUUAAUGAGAUUGAUACAACUGAAGCAGAACUGGAAGAAGAUUGGGGUAUGUACGGUUAA